AUGGUUUUGGAUUCGCGUGUUCCGAAUUCCGAUUCACCGGUUCGAUGUCCCUCGUCCGUUGUUUAUCCCUACGGUCGGUGCUUAACGCUCGCCGUUACCGAUCCUCUUACCCUUGUCACAUCCUUCUUCUUCACUCCCGUCGUGCUGAAGAAGAAGAAGACACUCCUCGCCAGCGAAGGGAGAGAGUGUGGAAGCUUUAACAGAAACACUGAGAAAACGUUUUGCCUCAGAGUUUACCUUCCUCGCUACAAUGUACAAGAACACGGCGUAUGCGGAAGGUUUUCAUGCGGGUAA